UUGUGGUACAGUUUAAAACAAAAUAUGUUUAUAACAAGAUUGUUUUAUAAGAAGAUUAUAGUAAUUUGACAUACGUCAUUUCAGUAUAUUUGUAAACGUCACUACCCUUGGCGCAAAGUACUUGGCGGGAACGUAAGCAAUAAUAAUUUUAUGGUUUUAAUGGUUAAAACAUUGUUUUUAAAAUUAAUUUUUACAUUAUAUUAAUAUAUCGUAACUCGUACCUGUUGUAAUGUCACACUCGGAAUAAUAUCUUUUAUUUAUUUGUUAGUUUUUAUUGGUUAUGUAGUAGAAAAGUGCGCGUUCAAAACUAGUUCCACAAUCCAAAUAAUCACUGACAAAAAACUCCCGCGACUAUUUGCAAACAAAUAAUUUCAAAAUAAUGGAUAUUUCAUUGUGAUUCCCGCGCAAGGUAGUAAAAAGGGCACCUUCUAACAAAAGAAAAAAAUAUAUUUCCCGCGAAUUGUAGGCGUUGUUGAAUACACCCAAUAAGAUUCUCAGUUUAUCUGGGUUUAGAUUAAAUAUUGCAUUCUCUAUUAUUGCAUUAUUGCAUUAUUAACAAUUAAAAUGGUGUUAUCAGACGAAGGAGAAGAUCAAUUGCAUAAGAAAUUACUAGAUUUGUGUGGAAAAUUAAGCCUUGACCAAAGGACUGUUAUGUUAGCAUGGGAUAAUUUUAUCAGUAUAAACAAAAAUUUUACAUUGGAGGGAGACUCAUUACACUGGCUAGGAUGUGCCAUUUUUGUAGCUUCCCAAUCAUUGGAAGUACCAAAUCUGAUGUCCUCAGUAGUACGAGGUAGUGGUAUAAACCUAACAAGUCUACUAAGGUGUAGUAAUUUGAGUUUUGUGCAGUUUUUCACAAACAUCAAUUUGUGGGCAGACAUGGCACACUUGCCUGAAGAAUUUCGGCAGAAAGUCAAACAUCUACAAGAUACAUUUGGUGUUGCCCAUAGUACAUUUAAGAAGUACUAUCCAAUAUUUUGUCAAAUAUUUCAGCCACCAAACUCAGCAGAUUUAGAAAAUGCCAAACAACACAGGAAUAGGAAACUCAAACCCAUUAUGUGCAAUAGUUCUACAGUGUUUGAAUUUGUAUGGAGUCUCUUUGUUACAUUAAAAAGCGAAGACCAACAGUUCGGCUCUGAAUUAGUGAAAUCAUAUCACUUAAUGUUUGCAUGCAUUGAUCUAGCAUUUAAAAAUGCAUUUUUGGCAGAACGGCGCGAUCUUCUGAAACCAAACUUUGAACUUUUACCUACCGAUUGGAAUGAACCUGGGUUUGUAGUACCUCAAGAGGCUCCAUGUCUGAUGAGUUAUUUGUGUAAGUUGCCAUCGACAUUAACUGAAGCUAUGCACAUGAAGGUGUACGAUUUGAAGAAGUUGAUGGGAAAUCUUAUUACUAAUGAUAUAUUAAAAGUUGACCCUAAAGAUUUUACUGGACUCUUUGAUCAAGACACUUUCAAAGACAACUUUAAGAAUAUCAAGACUGCUUAUGAGACACAUUUGUUAAACACUGCUGAUAUCGAUGAAAGAAUCUUUUUAGCUGAAUAUCGAAGAUUAUUAUUAGUGCAACAACAACAAGCAACAUGGGGGCAAAGUGUUAGAGCAUCUCCAUUAUCAUACUCAGAGAAUUCUGUUAUUACGUCCCCACAAAAUAAUGAAAACAAUGGAGGUGUAACCCCACGUGCCCCCGAUACUCCUUUAACUGGUAGAGGAUACCUGCCAAGAGAGUCAGACAGCUCACCUUUAUCUGCUGAUAGAACUAUUACCCAGAAAAUUGCUCGGUUACAUAAAAUUGUAAAUAACCGACCUCAAGGUCCUAGCGAGGCCUUAUUAAAAUUAUUGGAAUCGGGCGAGGAAAACACCAUUGAUAAAAUUCAAGAAAUUUUAAAUAGUUUAAGUGACAAAUUUGUAGUGGCAUAUAGUAGCAAAUACAGUGGCCGCGAAGAAGAGGCAAAGAAUAUGUUACAAAUUGGUGUCACUUUAUUUUAUAAAUAUGUAGAAAAUCUAUUAGAUAAUGAAAGCAAAAUUAGGAAUGAUAUAUCGGCUCUAGUAAAAAAGGAUAUAUUUUAUAAAUGUAUGUUUUCCUGCUGUAUGGAGAUAGUAUUAUUUUCAUAUAAUUUUCCUAAUAAGUUCCCCUGGAUCCUCGAUGUUUUUGAGGUGCAACCAAUACAUUUUGUCAAAGUCAUUGAACUGAUUGUUCGAACUAAAGACCAACUCUCAAGAGAGAUGGUGAAGCAUCUAAAUAUGACUGAAGAAACAGUGCUUGAAAGUUUGAUGUGGAAGUCGAACAGUCCGAUUUGGGAAGCCAUCGCUCUUUCUGGAGGAUCAAUUCCAAAAUUUGAAGAAACGGCUCUUCCAAAUCAAGUUGUAUAUGACAGAAACGGACUUAGGAAUGAGUCCAAUGACAUUCCUACGUUAAUAAAUAUUCAUCAAUCACCUGUUCCAUCUGCAGUGGACCGUUUCCAAUCACCCAUCCAAAAUGCCAGCAGAAAUCUUUUCCCAAAUAUUCAACCAGGGCAAUCGGUAUUGCAAAAGAAUCCACAGCUAAUCAUUGUUGAUAAAGAAGGUAAUAAGAAAUGGAUCUCUUUUGCAGAUGUUGAUAAUAAGCAACAACCUGCUCCUGAAAAUGUUCGGCGAAGAUUAGGGAGCUUAGCAAUCAUAUUCAGAAAGUUCUACGUCUUGGCUGGAAUCCGCAUGGAACACCUUUGUAUGAAAUUAAAUUUAGUAGAUACAGAAGUUAAGAAAAAAAUUUGGACUCAGUUUGAAUAUUCCAUUCAAAACAGUGAUCUAAUAAAAGACAGGCACUUGGAUCAACUGUUGAUGUGUGCCGUUUAUGUGAUAAGCAGACUGUCAGAUGUUCCGUUGAAGUUUCAAGAUAUUAUGAAAUUCUACAGGGAACAACCCCAAUGCAAUAGUAAUGUUUAUAGGAAUGUGUUAAUUACGAGAGAAUGUAUUGAUGAUGAAAGUGGAAGGCGAUGUCCUGAAGAACGAAGUGAUUUGAUAAUAUUUUACAACUCUGUAUAUGUAGGUGUCAUGCAAAAAUUUGCUGUCAAAUUUAGGAGUUCCGUACAGACUAGUAAUUUACUGCUAAGCCCACUUCCUGCAGUGAAAAGUAAAAGUUUAAUUUCCUCUAGUGUCCAAGUUGUUGGAAACGUAUUUCUGCGACCGUUUGAGAUUCCUGUGGCUAGCUCCAGUACGAAUUUUAAUUACUUUUUCAGUAGAAGCCCUUCCAAGGAUCUAAAAGAUAUCAACAAAUUGGUUAGCAAUAGUAAAGUGACAGGAAAACGCCUUUUAGCAGAUGAUUUAGAAGCAGAAUCACCCCCAAAAAGAUUAUCAGAUCGUAAGUUCCAUACUUUGGUCGAAGAACGUAGGAACCAAAACAGCGAAUAGUUAUAUUUAUGUAAUAAAUUAUUUUAUUAUCAAGUAAACACGCGAAGAGAUAUAGAAUUGAUUAAAAAAUGGUUUUAAAAUUAAAAGGCCGAUUUUAAAUAUCAUUCAUGUUCAUAAAUUAAUCCUUGGGCCCACCAUUAAAAAAAUAUAUUACCUCUCUCAUGAGACUUUUUUUAUUCGGCUAUUUAUGUUGAAUCCCACAAGUUUUCCAUUUAGGAAAAUUUUCGGCAGGGGGCAUUUCGUAAAUAUAGAGGUUUCUAAACAUUGGUGCGUCCGACAAUUGUACCCUUAAAAAUUUGUCCGACAAUAUUACCAGUUAAUUGCAAAUAUUUUUAUCAAAUCAUCCUGCAAAAAUCAGCUGUGAGGGUAUAAAUCUUAUGAUUCUUUAUGAUGCGUACGCCCCCCUCCUAUUAGGCGGGACGCACUAUGGAGUCAUAAAUGAUGAUUUUUUGCAGGAUUGUUUGAUAAAAAUAUUUACAAUUAACUGGUAAUAUUCUCCGAAAAAUUUUUAGGGUACUCCAUUUGUUGGCCGCAAUAAAGUUUAGAGACCUCUAUAUUUACGAAACGUCCCCCUCCCGAAAAUUUUCUGAAAUAGAAAAGUUUUACGAUUCGUCAUGAAUAACUAAAUAAAAAAAGUCUCCUGAGCGAGGUAAUAUUUUUUUAAACGGUGAGCCCAAGGACCAUACAUAUUGUGCCUUUCUAUAAGACCGAAAAGAUAUUAUGAAUAUACGCUUUUGUAAAAUCUGUUUAGCUUAAUAAUAAAUGACUAUUGUGAAAGUAAAUAAAUAGAAAUGGCCAAUUUUAAAUAUUAAUUAUGAAGGUAUUUGAUUUUUGUGAUUAUAUUACAUAUUUAUAUAAUAGAUCUGGCGUACAGAUCAAAGAUUUUAACAAGGUACUUUACUCCUUAUACCUUAAGAACUAAACAAAUUUUCUUGUUUUUCAAUUUGUUCUGAAUUAUUUCAAUUACACUUUCCAAGAAAUGAGAAGUAUUAUGAGAAGAAAUGAGAGUACUUAAUAAUUUAUAACGGGAUUGAUGGGCUAAUAAUGCAGUUUUCUUGUUUUGAUGCUCUUUGUGACCUCGCAAUCUUCUCACACCUCAAAUACUUUCAACUUCUUUAUAUUAUCCACUUUUAGUGUCCAGCUUUCCAUUCCAUACAGUAAAGUCGAGAACACGUAGCAUCUUAAGGCUUUUAUCCUCAGCUUCAGAGGAAGGUCUCGAUUAACAAACAUUUUUUUCAUUUUUAUAAAUGCUUGCCUUGCAAUUUCAAUGCGUAUCCUGAUUUAUCUAGCUUGGU